GAUGGACAGUUGGGACAGCCAAUUCAUGGAGAAAGAGCAAUGCUUUCAAUUCGUGGUUCCAGUCGAUGUGAAGUUCAAGGAUGCAAACGGAAAGCAAGGUUCGAAAUGUCAGGAUGUAUGCAUGACGUCUGUGGUUUCUGUCUGAAAUCAAUGGAUGUUAUUGUCAAUUUUGAAAAGCAUGAAAUCCAGAAUGCAUUUGCCUGCCCGGUGUGUGUCAGCACAAGAGGAAACACUUGGUUAUCUACAUGUAGCAUAAGAUGGAUGGAGAAAAUUGAUGUUUACAAAUUUUUAAUUGCAAAGAAUAUUUGCAUCUGUUGUUUUCAAAUUAAGACAUUUGGUUUAUUCCCGUGCAACCAUAAUAUUUGUUGCCUUUGCCUGAAAAAAAUACUUAGCCAUUCUGAAGAAUACAUUUGCAUUUUGGAGGACUGUCAUGUAAAAUUCAAUCUCUCAGAGUUGAUGGAAAUGUACGAAAAUUCCAUUUCGGAAACGGUGACUCCUCCUCCUCCCUGUGUGCCAAUGGCACAAAAUGGUCUGCAUUAUUGCAAGAGAUAG